CCACCCCCUUAUCUAUUUCAAGCUGAGCCAGAAGCCCAGCUGGUCCUGUUUGAUCUCUCUAGCUCCCCAGCCUCUUCCAAUCUUUUCUCACCCUCUAGCUCUUAGGCCUUGUGAGAUGACUUGUCCCAUCUUUUUGGAAGGAGAAAAUUGUAAGCCUUCUUGGAAGGAAGCCAUGGCGGGCUUCAAUCCAGCAGACACUCGCUUGGAAAUCCUGGGGAAGCCGGUGAUGGAGCGCUGGGAAACCCCCUACAUGCACAGCCUUGCCACCAUGGUGGCCUCCCGAGGAGGCCGGGUGCUGGAGGUCGGCUUUGGCAUGGCCAUUGCUGCCAGCAAAAUCGAAGAGUUUGACAUCGAGGAGCACUGGAUCAUCGAGUGCAACGAGGGAGUCUUCCAGAGGCUGCAGGAGUGGGCAGAAACGCAGCCUCACAAGGUGGUCCCGUUAAAAGGCCUGUGGGAAGACGUCGCACCAACGUUGCCAAAUGAACAUUUUAACGGAAUCCUCUACGACACUUACCCCUUGUCGGCAGAUACCUGGCACACCCAUCAGUUUGGCUUCAUCAAGGCUCACGCCUAUCGCCUUCUGAAGCCGGGUGGGGUCUUCACCUAUUGCAACUUGACAUCCUGGGGGGACCUGCUGAAGAGCAAGUAUUCGGACAUCAAGAGGAUGUUCCAGGAAACACAAAUUGUGCACCUGGUGGAGGCCGGCUUUGAGGCCAAGAACAUCCACACUACCGUUAUGGACCUUGUUCCUCCGGCUGACUGCAGAUACUAUGCCUUCCCCAAGGUGAUCACCCCUGCCAUCCUCAAAUAGAUGCGAUCUUUCUCCCCAGGGAGGAGGAUCAGAAAAGGGACCGCUGUGUUGGCAGCAGACACCAGCCGUCUCCAAGCAGCCAGAGGAAAUGUUGUUUUCUCUUGGCAGACGGGCGAGGCGAAAAUUAACAUGUCAAAGAACCACUUU